GGGUGUCAGGAGUCAGAGUGAAGAGACACACAGAGCCUGUCUUACUGCUUCAAACAUGAACUCAACUUCAUCCAUCUUCCUCCUCCUCCUCAGCUGCCUGCUCGUCCUCUGUGUUCAAGGGGAACCAAGCACUGGAUCCAGAAAAUGCAAGUGUUUGAACGGUUACAUCGGCCGAGUCAGACCAGAGCUCCUCAAGUCAGAGCCGCGGGUUUAUCAGCCGAGCAGCUUCUGCCCUGAACUGGAGAUUAUAAUUGUUCUAGGAACCAAGGAGAAAUGUGUGAACCCAGAGUCGAGGUUCGGACAGCAUGUCCUGAGCAGGCAGGAGAGAAAAAGAGCAGCGCGCUCGACAACAGCCAGUCAAAGCAACACUGAGAGCUCAACGAGCCUCUAACACCUCAACAUCUGCACCAAAAUACUGCUGAGUCAGCACAAGGAGUUCCUCACCAGCACUGUCACUGUCAUGUUUGCACAAUAAGUUCUCAAUGUUUUUAAUGAGUUG